GAACUCGUCGAAGCUUAUGCAGUUGUCGCUGUUGGUGUCAAAGAGCUGGAAUAUGCGAUCCACGUACAGCGACUCCUUCACAGUGAAGCCUAGCGCCGACUGGAACUCGCUGCGGUUGAUCAGCCCGUCGUCUCGCUUCGCCGAGCUGAUGAGAUCGUAGUGUACGUUUAAGGCGAUCACUUCCUCCGGCGUAAAAUUUUCUCUUGCAGUAGAUGCUGCCGCCCCCAUUGCUGCAAUGAGCAACACAGCGCGCGUCCUUUCAAGGUAGGAUUUACGAGUCUUAAUUAUUGUAAGCUAGGCAUUGCUAGCCACACGAGCCAUCAUCUUCGACGGCUCCACCAAUGAUGCCCAUGCGCGUGCUGACCAAGCGCCUGCCAAUGCGGUGCCUGCAGACAUCGGCGCUGCGUUCUCUCUCCACAGAGGCUCCUUCCGUCGCUUUUGCUGCCGACGCCACGGCCACUUCGGAGACUGUGGAGAUCUCGGAGGGGGAUCUGGGCAACCUCGCGGGAGUGCCGAUCUCGCAGGCUACGAAGGCUCACCGUCUCAAGUUCUUCGCGUUUGCCAAGGAGCAGCAGGACGAGCUCUUCCCGGAGGGCGUUGUCCGUCGCAUGGACGACACCUUUGACCUCCUUGGCCACCGCCACAUCAUGCUACGCGAUACCACGCUGCAGAUUAUGUCGGCUAUGAAUGACUGGGAGACCGACAAAGACGAUUCCAUCGGCGCUUACCUGAUUGACGGUGAACGCGGCACAGGAAAGAGCUUCGCGCUGCACCAGAUCGUGCAAUACGCGCGUGAAAGUAACUGGGUGGUGCUCUACAUCCCCAACCCGCGCUCGUGGACCAAUGAAGCUCCGUACGUGAUGCAGUCGCCAUACCAGCAGGGAAAGCUCGACAUCGAUGUGUACGGUGUGGAUCUGCUGCAGAAGUUCUUGCACUGUCACGGUGAGCAGUUGAAGUCCAUCCCUCUGCGUGGCAAAUACGCCGACCGCUACUACCAUACGGACAAGUUCGAGUCCAAGCCUAAGAACGCAUCAGACUACAAGGACGCCGCUUUGACCCUGCGUGAUGUGGUUGUUGGUGGUGUGCGUGAUGAGGAACUGGCGUGCCAGGCUGUGUGUGACCUGAAGAAGGAACUGGCGCAGACCACAGAGUUCCCCGUGCUAAUCGCCAUCGACGACUACAACACGUGGUUCCACUCGACUGUCUUCGGUUACGAGGGCAAGGACGUGGAAGCCGAUGACAUUUCGGUGAUCGCUUCCCUCAAGGACAUUGGUGCUAAGGGAUAUGACGAGUCGCGCAAGCUCAAGAACGGUCUGUUCGUCGCUGCCGUGACGGAGAAUUUCCCCACAAAGGUGCACUUUAAGCAGCAGGUGGACUACCGCAAGAUCCGCGCCACCAUGCGCCCAUACACGCCCGAGGAACUUGUGACCGUCGUCUCGUACUACAACCAAGUCAGCUUCCUGCACGACAAGCCCACGGACUCGCAGCUGGCAUACUUCAGGCUCAUGACCAAGUCGCUCCCUCUUCACGUAUUCGAUCGCGCGUCGUUCUCAUAGAUUAAUGAGGUCCGACUAAGGGACCUAUCUCAGCAGCAGUGCAAGGCAGGGAGAAAUGUAGACAGACAGCGUGACAGACGUUGUUAGCAUUGUUCCUCCUUUUUUUU